AUGGAUGCGCAGGCCAUUGUGGACGCCGUCGCCGCGAGACUCAGCGCCGAGCCCGAUGCAUCUGUGACGGAGCCUGCUGGCACUCGCAGUGCAGCAACGGGGACCCCAAAUGGCAUCAGGUCAUCACCACCGGUACCGGCAAAAGAUGAGGCUAUGGAGAUAGACCGGCCAAAUACAUCCACAGAGGAGCCUGGAGAGAAGAGCGACUCAGAGGCGGAGACGAUAGUGCUGCCCGGUAAGGAUGGCCAUUCACCGUCGAAAAUCCGUAAAACAAUCAAGCACGAGGACAAAAGUGACGAUGAAGAAAUGCGAGAUGUCCCAGGUACCACGAAUGGGAACAAAAAGCCGACCCCGAGCGAUGGUGAUGGAGAUGCGAUGCCAGACAAUCCAAGCGAGGCGACCGCGACUUCCACGCUGGGCAAGAGGAAGAGGGCCAAACAUGGAACCAGCGCAGAUGACACCGCACAUCUUGGAAAUUCCAGUGGACUUAGUUCCGUCCCAACAUCACCGGUGGCGACGACACGCUCUUCACUUUCAAAGCCCGCAGCAUCAGAUUCCGAAGUAUCUAGGUCUCCUUCCCCUCGUUCUCGAUCGCGCUCAGCGUUACGGGACAAAGCCAAGUCCGUCGAUAGGGCUUUCCCACGAAGAGGACAGUACGCCUCUGUAUCCGGCGAUGAGGAUGAGACGGAGCCUCGCACCUUUGGGAGACAGAGAAGUUCAGGGGCCGAUCAUAAAUCGGGUAGACCCAAGGGUCACAACGAUAUCAAUCCACGGAAACGAACAAGAUCCAUCUCCCCCCAGCCAAGAAGCCAUAAACGUAGCAUAUCGAGCCAAUUACCUUCGAAGUCUUCCCAUGGCCUGAGCCACAAGAAGAAGCGUGUACCCGCUCCCCUGCAAUCCACCGAGUACCAUUCGGACGAUUCCUCAGUGAGUGGCAACUCACAUCCACGGAGCUCGAGAUUGCGAAGCCUUGCGGCGCCAACCACAGGCGAAUCUGCAAUAUCGCCCGCCAAGAUGGCACCGCACAAGAAGCACGUGAAUUCCUCCGGUCAAACCCUUCUAGCGAUUGCGUGUAGCCGGGGUAGGCUGGAGAACGUCAAGCAGCGAUAUGAAGAACGACCCGAAGACCUGAAUCUCGCAGACAAUGCUAUGAAUACCCCGCUCCACACUGCCAGUUUAGGCGGCCACGUGGAGAUUGUCAAGUUUUUGCUUGAUACUGGAAAUUGCGAGCUAGAUUGUGUCAAUCUUGAACGAGAUACUCCGCUACACGAUGCUGUUGACAACAAAAAUGUGGAGGUGGUUAAAUUACUGCUCGAGGCUGGAGCGAAUCCCAGCAAGCCAAAUCUAAUGGGCAACGAACCCCUGGAUCUUAUUGUUGACAUGGAAGGUGAGAGUGGUGAUGACUCUGAUGACGAGGAAGAGCGUCUGGAAGCUAUGCAAAAGGCGACGGAAAUGAGAGAGGCUAUUGUUGCGGCCAAACUGAAAUUCGCUGGACACCGCAGAGGUUCGGAAGAUCAUCAUAUGCAUGACAAUGGAGAUGGACGCCUGUCACAUCCCAAGGGAAGUCCACGACAGACGCCACCGGCUAACGAAAAUCUUGGUCCGACUAAUCGUAUCGCACGUACGGCACGGUCUUCUAUGAAAACCAAGGAUCGAAAUCUCUGGAAGGGCUAUACGAUAGAGGAGUUGCAGACGGCUGCGAGUGAAGGCGACCUCGAGACGACUAAUCGCAUCCUGAAUGUCAAGCCUAAUGUCAACGACGCCAGAACCCUCUACAAUGCUGCACGAGGAGGCCAUGACAACGUCAUAAAUCUACUUUUCGCCCUGGGAAACUUCAGCCCGGAUCCACCAGCACUUGAAGGUGUACCGAUUGACCAAUCUACGCCGAUACUCGCUGCUAUUGGGAAGGACAAUCAUCUUGAAGUUAUCAAACUGUUCCUUGGUAAUGCAGAUUUUGAUCCAACCCGGCGAAUCAAAGGAGAAACAUAUUACGAGCUGGCUAAGAGACGGGCUGGACCAUACUGGCAAGAAGAGGAGCAACUCUUAAAGAACGCUUUCAAUUCGUACAAAAAAAGCCAUAAAGCUUCUCCUGGAAAGCCUCGGUCUCCUGGACUUCGUCGAGAUGCACGGGAUGUGGAUACCAGGAAAGUGCGGACCGAGGAACAACAACCGUCUAGAUCGCACAAGAGGAGCACGUCCAGCCCAAAGACUGGAGAAGCAGAGCCUACGAAGAGCGCGCAUAGAAGUACAUCGUCCCUUGGACAAUCCAAAGAUGGACAAAAUAUCACCAAACGUGGACCAGGUCGGCCCAGAAAGGAGGAACAUGCACAUGCAGCUUCAGGGGCCGUGUCUGACCGCGACACCAGUCCUCUCGGUCCCCCGAAACAGAAGAAUCAAUCUCGUCGAUCCGAAUCAGAUGUUGCGGUGCUGUCGGAGAACGAGCCUACUGUGAAGCCCCGCCGCAAACUUGUUUCUGGGAAAGAGUUGAGAGGAGAACGGGAGCUUGAGAAGCAAAGGCGAGCAAGCAUUGUCUCUAACGCAUCUACCGCAUCUGUCAAAGAGAAGCGUGUGCCAUCUGACUCUAAGCAAGACAAGUCAGACGGAAAGUCUAGUCCCAAUGUCCCGCGAGUGCCCAAAAAUUCUGGCUCUGCCCAGUCUGACAGAGAUCAGCCUUCCGACAAAGAUCGAGCAAGGCCCUUGAAGAGGGACGAUUCAAAGGAUAGACUCAGUGCCAUUCGUGGAGAGAGUCCCGUCAAGCGGCCUCGGAAGAGUGAAACACCUCCUCGGUCGGGUAUGCAAGAGGUAACGCCAGCGUACGAAGACGGACCUCAUCAAAAGAGACGGAAGCUAGAAGCAGACGCUAGUAGCGGACACAAGACCGAUAGUGACUCGCCAGAACAUCGGACCUCAAUCGUUAAAUCCACCCUAUCUCGCGAUAGUACGGCAGCAAAAUCUACUUCAGAUAAAGCAAAACACGCUCGUCCCACUCAGAAGAGUACGGCGCCAGAGGUCAAAGAUCAAAAGGACUCCAGUACAGAGAAGUCAAGUCGUGCAGCCAAAUCAGGACGUUCCGCUCCUACUUCACCAUCGGAAUCUUCGAAAAAGUCCAAGGUCUCUGAACGAGCAUCGAAAGAUGCCAAAGAUGACUCUGCGGCUUUGGCAAAACUAGAAGAGGAAGAGGCUCAAAAGGAGGCACAACUUCUACGUGAAAAGGAGGAUGCGGAGGCAGAAGCUGCUCGUCUGAAGGAGAUUGAAGACCAGAAGAUAGAGCAAGCAAAGCAAACUCGACUGGCCAGAGAACGAGCUGAACGAGAGGAAGAGGAGAAACGGGAGCAGGAAGAAGCGGAAAGGAAGGAGCAACAACGUCUGGAAGCGGAACAAAUCCACAAGAAGAUGUUGGAAGAACGGGAGGCUAAGCAAAAAGCGAUCUUCCUGGAGCAAGAAAGAGUGAAGAAGGAAGAAGCUGAACGAAGGCGUGCUGCGCAAGAGGAAGCAAAGCGAUUGGAGAAGGCAAGGAUCGAAAAGGAGAGAAAGGAUGCCCGUCUGGCAAAGCUCCCUCUCUUGCUCAAAUGGUUUGACUUGACAUUCGAUCAGCCUAAUGGGCACCAAUCUCCAGAAAUCGUGGAUCUAUUCAAGAGGAUUGUUGGUUAUCGAUACGAUACCAUCAAGCCAGAGUACACUGGACAGACUGUGGGCCGGGAGCAGUGGAUGCUCAAUACUCAUGCUGCGAUACUUCUUGGCGAGCAGGAUCUUCAUUUGAGCAGAUUCUCAGCCUGGGAUCGCGUCCCUCUAACAUAUGACCAAAAACGAGCAGUUUGGAGCACCCAUAAUUCUCAGUACCUGCUUUAUGAUGGUUGGUCAAGCCUUCGCAAGUUUUUGCCAGCUACAGAUGAAUGCCAUGACGACGUUAUCAAGACGAACAGAUCACUCUUUUUGGAUCUUGAUUUGUUCUUUGUCAAGGUAUCCGAAUUCAUGUUUAUAGUCCCAACCAUUGCUCACCUCCGUUCUGUUCAACUUAAAGUUGAGUAUCGAGAACUACAUGCGCCUCAGACAGAUCUUGGACAAGCUUUGAACGUACCGAAAUGGAGAUCCGAUCCAGAGACUGCUCCAGGACAAACUUCCAUACCAGAACCGAAAUUCUAUGUCAAUGGAGACUUGGUCAGACAAGGUGGAACUGCAACACGAGUUUUGAAACAUCCGCCUCCUUUAGACAGAUUUCCCAGACGCGAGGGUGUCACCAGAGUACAGGAGCACGAUCCCGACUACGAAGAGCAAUGCAGAAAGCAACGUGUCCCAGGAUAUCAAUCAUCCCCUAUAUCGUCGACUAAUCCUCAUAUGAGUGAUGUGUUGCACUCAGAGCAGAUGAAUGGCAUAACACCUCCAAGAUCCGAUCAAUCAAAGUCAAUAAACGGUGGCAGUCCUCAUCGGAGUUCAGGUUCGGGACCGGAGUCAGGCAUGUUUCAUCAGCUUCCCAACGGCAUCAGCACGGGCGGGAGCCCGCCACCAGCGCUCAGCUAG